CACGUCAUUUUUAGCCUUUGGGAAUGGAGUGCUAGCGGCUGAUAUUGUUUUACCAUAUAAGUCAAAAAGCUAAGAAAGUAAUAAUAAUUUGUGUACAGUAUUAAUAAUUAUAGUAAGAAGACCAUCUAAUAAGAAUGUCUUAUUCGAAUAAAUAUACCCUCGCAGCUUUGCCGAGGACCCAGCGUGGUACUCCGUUGGUGCUUGGCGGAGACCCAAAAGGAAAGAACUUCUUGUAUACCAAUGGGAAUUCUGUGAUAAUACGGGAUAUUGAAAACCCGGCUGUCGCGGAUGUCUAUACGGAACAUUCUUGCCAAGUUAAUGUCGCGAAAUAUUCUCCGAGUGGAUUUUACAUUGCUUCUGGUGACGUUUCUGGGAAAGUGCGCAUUUGGGAUACAGUGAACAAGGAGCACAUAUUGAAAAAUGAGUUCCAGCCAAUCGGAGGACCUAUUAAGGAUAUCGCGUGGAGUUCCGACAAUCAGAGGAUGGUUGUCGUUGGGGAGGGUAGGGAGAGAUUCGGUCACGUGUUCAUGUCAGAAACUGGCACAUCGGUGGGCGAGAUCAGUGGGCAGUCGAAAGCCAUCAAUUCCGUGGACUUCCGGCCGGCCCGGCCGUUCCGUAUCGUCACCGCGUCCGAGGACAACACGCUCGCCGUGUUCGAAGGACCACCUUUCAAGUUUAAGUGCACUAAGCAGGAGCACACGCGUUUCGCUCAAGCGGUGAGAUACAGUCCCGACGGAAAGCUGUUCGCGUCGGCGGGCUUCGAUGGGAAAAUCUUCCUGUUCGACGGACAGACGUCCGAACUCAAGGGGGAGAUCGGUUCGCCAGCGCACAAGGGCGGCGUGUACGGCAUCAGCUGGUCUCCAGAUGGCAAACAGUUGCUCUCGUGUUCCGGAGAUAAGACCUGUGCGAUAUGGGACGUGGAGACCAUGCAAAGGACCACAUUGUUCCCCAUGGGGUCCGCUGUUGAGAACCAGCAGGUAUCUUGUCUCUGGCAAGGCAAGCACCUGCUCUCCGUGUCUCUGUCCGGCGACAUCAAUUACCUGGACAUAGACAAUCCGGAGACGCCAUUGCGCGUGAUCACCGGACACAACAAGCCAAUCACGUGCCUGUGCUUGUCUCUGGACCGGAAGCGGUUGUACACCGCUAGCCACGAUGGCGCCGUGGCCCAUUGGGACGUUGUCUCUGGCGUGGGCGGCAAAGUGUCCGGCGUGGGACACGGCAACCAAGUGAACGGCAUGCGCCUGUCCAAGAAUGGUGCACUACUGACUUGCGGCAUAGACGAUUCGUUGAGAUUCGCACAACCGAAGGCGGAAGGAGAAGCACCCUCAUACACGGAGCAAUCAGUGCCGCUCGGGGCCCAACCGCGGGCCAUGGACCAGCUGUUAGACGAUGAUUUAACCAUAGUUGCUACCGUUAAAGAGUUAAUUAUACUCUCGGGUGGGGCCAAACGGGGCUCCUUGCCCAUAAAGUACGAGCCGUCGUGCGUCACCAUCAACCAUCAGAAUAAGGACGUCGCUGUUGGAGGUGACGACAGCAAGGUGCACAUUUACACACUUUCCGGUUUCGAGUUGACACCAAAAACGGAGUUGGUGCACCUCGGCGCCGUCAGCGACGCGAGAUACAGCCCCGACUGCAAGUAUCUCGUCGCGUGCGACGCGAACAGGAAACUGAUACUCUACGACGAGGAGUAUAAGCUCGCCCACAACAAGGAGUGGGGCUUCCACACGGCGCGCGUGAACUGCGUGUCGUGGAGCCCGGGCGGCGGCCGCGUGGUGUCCGGCUCGCUCGACACCUCGCUCAUCGUGUGGAGCGUCGCGCAGCCGGCCAAACAUCUCACCAUCAAGAACGCACACCCGCAAAGCCAGAUCACGGGCGCGGUGUGGAUCGACGACGAGACGAUCGCGUCGGUCGGGCAGGACGCAAAUACGCGCAUCUGGAACGUGCCUAACGCUUAACUAGCUGAUAAGGUACUAUACAGACUAAUUGCAAUGUUUUGUUUUUUUGUUCAACAAAAGUUUUCAGUUGAACACGCGCUCAAAUAUCUGAUGAUUUAUGUCAUUUUUUUUUAAAUAAUUGAGAGGCAAUGGAAUAUUUUUUUAUAAUUUCUUUUUUUUUGUAUAGAGUCAAAAGGUUGGUUUUUCAUAAGGAAAAGUAAUGUGAAUUUUACAAUGUUUUCUUAAUUUUAUCAACUUGCCUGGAUCAAUCGAAAAUUAUGUACUAAUCUCUCAUGUUUUAUAUAAGCGAGCUUAAUUUUUAAUGCUCUUUUCUAUUCUAAAUACAUAAUCUCAACAUACGUAAUAUGUAUGUAGAAACGCUUAAUUUUAAAUUGUCAUUCAGUGUCAGAUAAUAAUUUGUAUGUAUGUCUUCUAAGUGUCAUUUGGUUAAAUAUAAGGUAGGUGUUUUUUUUAUCUACAUCCGCUCAAUAUGUUAUAUCUUUUAUUAUUAAUUAUGAUUUAGCUUGAUUAAGAUAUACGAACAAAACAUUGAAAAUAAUUAUUAGAAUCCUUUUUUUUUGUUGACGUAUCAAAAUAUUGUAAUUAGUUUGUAGAUGCAUAUAGGUUAUAGCAGGUACGGAUUUCGCUCACCCAGGGGCCCCAAUGCUUACUAAAUAGGGGCCCUAUAUACUAUAAGUAAAUCGUCGUAUGCGAAAUCAUGUCUUAAUUUAUAACUGAGUGUUCUUAAUAAUUAAAUUUUAGGUUACUUUUUUAUUUGAAAAAAAAGACUAAGUUUUAUCCAUGUCUAUUUAUUGAUAUUUAUGGAAAAUAGAUCAUUCAAACUAUCAAGUGUGUUGGAAAUUCACUGUAUCUGUUCAAAUACUUACAUUAAAAUUAAUUGUUAAGAAUACUUAGUUGAUAUUUAUAUAAUGAAAAGAGUUUUAUCCUUAAAAUAUAACUAACGUAUUUAUUUAGCUUUUUUAAGAUUAAUAGGAAUACUCUUGAACUGCAUUUCUACUGAAAGUAUAUUUAUUGAGUUUGUAUUUAGAUCUCUCAUUGGUCAUUGGUAACUAAUUGAGAAUUAAUCAAUGCAACAGCUAUUUAAAAAGAUUGAAUUUCAAUGGAGUCUGGUAUGGAAAAUAAAUAGUACCAUAAUAUUUCGAAGGUACAUUUUGUAUAGAGAAAAAAAAGCUAAUUAAAAUGAGUUACCAAUGAUAAAAACAUAUUUUAGGAGCAUCUCCCGUCAACUAAUUGUGUGAAACGCAUUUACGCUUUGUUUAACCGACUGUGUUGACAAGAUAUUGUGGACAGUAUUUUUGUACUAGCUAAUUUUGUACGGUUUUUGUCGAUUUUUAUGCGUUUUUCUACUAAAACUAUGUAUUUAAGGCGAUAAAUAAAUUGUGUACACUUGUA